CACAAGUUGAUUACUUCCGGUAACAUGGAGGAGGCACUACCGGCUAUUCCUGCCCUGUUGGGGCCGGGACUGGACCCUUCCAGGGACUUCAUCAGUUCCGAGCGCUACCUGCAAUCUCUAGAACGAAAAUUAAACAAGGUUCAAGGAAAGAAAGAUCAAGAAGCAAACUCUAAAGACAUCAUCAAAUCUCUCGGUAAAGUUAAAGACGAUCACAUGGUCCAGAUGAUGUCAGAGUCUAGGGUCAGUGGUAGUCCAGGCGAUGACCCUGACCAGUACAAGGGGUCAGUGGUUAACAAGAACCAUAACUCUUCAGAUCUGGAGGAAGUGGUGGCACUAGUGUAUCAAGACUGUUUGGCAAAAUCUCAUGAUGAUGAGUCACAACAGGAAGUAGCGGAAAAACUGACAGGAAGUGAUGGCACUAAAACAUGAUAAGGGGAAGAGUGAUGCAACCUUUGGGGAAAAAAGGUGAAACAAGACAGAUUAAUCUAUCUUGCUUUUGACCAGAAAUAUGGAAUUAAACUAGGCUCUAUUCUGUGUCUGCAUGCAGUAAACAUGUGAAAUAUUCCAGUCCAUUAUGAAAAUAUGCCAGUUGGGACAGUGCUUCCAACGGCAUCUUUUAUAGUGCAACCUCACUUGAAUGCUACAUUACAGAUACCGCAACAUCCACCCCAGACCAAUUUAUACUCCACCUGUGUUUUUGGUGUUGUGUGGGUAGGAGAAAAACACUUUCUCUGAUAUUCCAUUCCGUGAUUCGUGCGACGACUUCGGGGAUCGAACCCCGGCUAAUUGCAUGGAAGGCCGAAGUGUUAACCACUCAACCAAUCCUCCCAUGUGACAUUGACCAAUCAAAGCAUCACAGUUUUUAGUUUUAUUUUCUUGCUAUGUAAUGUAUGUACAAUAUAGGUAAUGGUUGUGCUAUUAAACAAGAUAUUAAAUGUAAAA